CAUUAACCAGCUGCAACCAAAGAGUGUGUGCACACCCCCCUUUAAGUCCAAAUUACUUUCUGGUUCUAAAAAGUGGAGUUUACUCGACGAUCCUUUGUAUUUUUUUUUUUUUUUUCUGUGUUCACAUCGAUCGAUAUAUAGAUGACUCCGAUUUUCUUAAACUCGACGUCUAACGAUCAUUACAAUGAGCACCAAUUCUUUAGCCCUAGCGAUCAGCACAUUGAGCACCAGUUCUUGAGCCCUAAUUCUCAAGCUUCUUCUUCUUCGAACUCUCUCACUUGCCAUCUUUUCUUCAAUCCUAAUGAUCAAGAUGGUGUUUUUGAUAGAGAAUCACAUCCAUCACAACUUGAGGGUGAUAACUUUGGAUCACAAGCAUACGAUAAUCUUCAUGUAGAGAAUCGAGAUGAGGGAGACAAGAACAUCGGUGGGCUUAAAUUUUCGUUAUGGAAGAGGGAAACUUAUGAUCAUAUGAAUGACGAAAAUCAAGUGAAGUGGAUGUCUUCGAAGAUGCGAGUAAUGCUUAAGAUGAAGAAGUCCGAUCCAGUGAAGCUAAACACCUUACUGAAGCUUGAAGAUCAUCAAGAUCAUAAAGAAGUGGCAUCGUCUCCAUUAAUGGAAGAAAAUGCUAACUCAAACUCUUCCAAUAGUAAUUCGUCAAACAACAAUACCACUAUCCCAGUUAGGGUUUGCUCUGACUGCAACACCACCAAGACUCCUCUAUGGCGUAGCGGACCUCGAGGUCCUAAGUCACUCUGCAAUGCAUGUGGAAUCCGGCAACGGAAAGCCAGGAAAGCAUUGGCCGCGGCCGCCGCAGCAGCGGCAGAAACUGGAAAAGUUGUUUUUGAUGAUAAACCAACCUCAUUGAAAGCUACAAAAGUUCUGCAUAAAGAUCAUAAGAAACCAAACAACGGUUACAUUACAAAGUACAAGAAACGACAAUACUCGGAGCAAAUAAGCACAAAUCCAUCGCCAUCUUCGUCUACUCCAACACGAAAGAACUGUGUUGAAGAAUUCUUAGUAAGCUUAAACAAAAACUUAACGUUUCAUCGAGUGUUUCCACAAGAUGAGAAGGAAGCUGCAAUUCUGUUGAUGGCACUUUCUUGUGGCUACGUUCAUGAAUAGAUUGAGUUUCUUUUUUUUUUUUAAUUCAUCGGGA